AAAAAAUAGCAAGCAAGUGGUAAUUUGAAAAUAAAAAAAUUUAAAAGUCAACCUUGAAAUUAAAUUCACAUCAAAUUUUUCAAAAAUUAAAAGAAAAUAUAAUUUUCCAAAAGAAAAGCAGAACGAAGCAGAAAAUAAUUGAAGUGCAGUGAAACGAAACAAACGAUGGCCACACUGUGUAUUAUACCCGAUAAUACACAUUUCAGCAAUAGAAGCGAAAAAGACUUUGACAGUCUCAACGUUAGCGCCAAUUCUUGUGCCGCUGCCGCCAACGCUGCUGCCUCAGCCUCAGUUAGCCACUCUAGCAGUGAGCCAUCAAAAGUCCGCAAAUUCUUUAGCAACAGCUCCAAUUAUCAGAGUAAAAUCCAACAGCUAAUCAGUUUCAGUUUCACCUCAUCGAAUUUUAUUUUCAUCACUUUUAUUCUGAGCAUUAGCAAGCUAUGUACCACUGCUGCCGCUGAUCCCUCACAGGCGGGGCCUGCCCAUCAACCGGCCACCGCUACCCCUCCGGGCUUUCUGAUGAACAAUUUCAGCAGUUCGGCAUUGUUGGAAAAAUUGAGCUCAUUUCGUACGAGCACCUUGGGUCCCCCCACUGGCACGGUUAAAGGUAAAGAUGGCCAAGGGCCCAACAAUUCGACGGGUCUUCGUAGUAAUAAAACGCAUAGCGGUAGCUUGAACUCCACCACAUCUGCGACGUCUAUGUCCAAAUCAUUAUUGGGAUCAGUGUCAUCAACAACAACAACAACCUCGACCACCUCCACCACAUCAUCACCAUUAGAUUUGAAUUCAUCAUCGUCCUCGUCGUCGCCAACGACAACCUCAUCUUUAUUGAAUAAUUUCGAUAGUAUUGGUAAUGGAAUCUUAGAUGGCAAUAGUCAGUCCAUAUUAUUUUUAAAUAUUUCGGGAAAAGUUGGUACACCAUUGGGUAUAGGUCAAAAUUUAACUAAAGCUUGUGACGAGAAACAAUUUCGCUGCGGCAAUGGAUACUGUUUACCCGUUCGCUUCCUGUGUGACGGUGAAUCGGAUUGUGCCGAUCAUAGCGAUGAAAUGAUACCGGAAUGUAGAAUUAAAGGCUCCACUUGUGGCGUUGAACAAUUCCGUUGCGGCAAUGGCAAAUGCAUACCCAACAGAUGGCGUUGCGACAACGAAAAGGAUUGUUCCGAUGGCUCGGAUGAGUUUUCUUCGCUGUGCAAAAUAAAAACAUGUUCACCCGAAGAGUUCACCUGCAAGACGGGUGAGGGUGAAUGUAUACCCCUGGCCUGGAUGUGUGAUCAGAGUAAAGAUUGUUCGGAUGGUUCCGAUGAGGCUUCCUGCAAUGAUACCUGUCGCUCUGACGAGUUCACCUGCGGCAAUGGACGUUGCAUUCAAAAACGCUGGAUAUGCGAUCACGACGAUGACUGUGGCGACAGUUCGGAUGAGAAGAAUUGCGCCAAAGUGCCAUGUGGCGCCCAUGAAUUUACCUGUUCGAAUGGUGCCUGCAUUCACAAGAAAUGGAAAUGUGAUGGAGAUCCGGAUUGUUAUGAUGGCUCCGAUGAAGUGGGUUGCAAGAAUGUCACCAACACGGCUAUGCCCUGUCUGGCCCACGAAUACCAGUGCAAGGAUCGCAUUACCUGCCUCCACUCCAGCUGGUUGUGUGAUGGCGAACGUGAUUGCCCCGAUGGCGAUGAUGAGGUUCUGAGCAAUUGUAAAAAUCGCACCUGUCGCACAGAUCAGUUCCAGUGCACCGAUCGCUCCUGCAUUGCUGGCCAUUUGACGUGCAAUGGCCAAUAUGAUUGUGCGGACAAAAGUGAUGAACUUAAUUGCGGCAUUCGUAAGCAAACUGUUUGUGAUGUCAAAACUCAUUUCGAUUGUGGUGGUGGCCAAUGCAUCCCCUUGGCCAAGGUUUGUGACAAACGCAAGGACUGUCCCGAUGGUGAAGAUGAACCGGCCAAUAAGUGCGGCAUUAAUGAGUGUGCCAUGGACAAUGGUGGCUGUAUGCAUAAGUGUGUGGACCAGCCGGUGGGCUAUCGAUGUGAAUGUGAAACGGGCUACAAACUAAUCAACAACAAGACCUGUAUCGACAUCGAUGAGUGUGCCGAUAACCCGGGGGCCUGUUCCCAAAUCUGCAUCAAUGAGAUAGGCGGCUAUAAGUGCGAGUGUAUGGAGGGUUAUAUGCGUGACCCCCGCAAUCAUACCCGCUGCAAGGCCACCGAGGGUCAUGCCUCGCUGCUGUUGGCGCGUCGUCAUGACAUACGGAAAAUUGCUUUGGAUCACAUGGAAAUUACAUCGAUUGUGAAUAAUACAAAAUCAGCGACAGCUUUGGAUUUUGUGUUCCGCACCGGAAUGAUCUUUUGGAGUGAUGUGACCACACAAAGUAUUUACAAGGCACCCAUUGACGAGGGCAGUGACAAAACAGUCGUUCUCAAGGAGCACACCGUAACCUCCGAUGGUUUGGCUGUCGACUGGAUUUACAAUCACAUCUACUUCACCGACACACACAAAUGCACCAUUGAGCUGACAAACUUUGAUGGUAAUAUGGGUAAAGUGCUCAUCGAAGAUGAAUUGGAUAUACCUCGGUCCAUCGCAUUGGAUCCCAUAGAAGGUUGGAUGUAUUGGUCCGAUUGGGGCGCCUCGCCACGCAUCGAACGUGCCGGCAUGGACGGUUCGCAUCGCACAACAAUCAUCAACUACGAUGUUAAAUGGCCAAAUGGCAUCACAUUGGACAUGGUGCGAAGACGCAUUUACUGGGUCGAUGGCAAACUGAACAUCAUCUCAUCGGCCAAUUAUGAUGGCUCGCAACGACGUCAGAUUUUGUAUUCGACGGAAUAUUUGCGUCAUCCCUUCUCCAUAACCACAUUUGAGGAUAACAUAUAUUGGACGGAUUGGGAUAAACAGACCGUUUUCAAGGCAAACAAAUUCAAUGGAGAGGGUGUAAGACCCAUAACAGCUUUGCAUAUGCUACAACAUCCCAUGGUUAUCCAUGUCUAUCAUCCAUAUCGCCAGCCCGAUGGCGUCAAUCACUGUCAAGCUGUCAAUGGCCAUUGUUCGCAUUUGUGCCUGCCGGCGCCGCGAAUUAAUGAACGGAGUCCACGCAUCUCGUGUGCCUGUCCCACAGGUCUAAAGCUUAUGGAAGAUAGGCUGAUGUGUGUCGAAGAUCCCACAUAUCGAACAACCACCACAAGUAAACCAAAGAUGAACUUUAAUUUAACGACAUCUUCGCCAGAAUCAUUCCCUGAUCUCAAACUACCUCAGCAAGUUGCAGGAGCUGGCAUUUUAGAGGUUUCCAAACAUCCCACCGGAAAUGGUACCCACAACACUGAUGGCAGUGUCAUAUCAACAACAACGCAACCAGAUUCGGGCUAUAUAGCCCUGAUUGUGAUAGGAAGUCUGCUGGGAACCUCAUUGGUUUUGGGAGUGCUCCUCUACUCCGGCUAUCGCUACUGCAGUAGACGCUCCAUCAAUUCGAUGAAUUUCGAAAAUCCUGUCUAUCGCAAAACCACCGAAGAUCAUUUCAGUUUAGAGAAAAAUCUGCCGGUACGCAUGUACCCCAGUACGGUCGAUGAAGAGUCCAAAGAACCUCUCAACGAGCAGGGCACUGAAUGUGUUUAAGCCAGAGUGUGCCAAAGGGUUUUGCAUACCAAAAAAAGAUCAUAACAACAAAUUCAGACUCAUUUGAAAAAAAAAAACAACAACAUCAAUACUUUUCAAGUCUGGCAAUUUACUAAAGAUCAUAUAAUUCAUGGAAACCAACAACAACAAAAGACUUAAUAGUUUUAUCCAAAAAAAAAAAUAAGCAAAAGACAUAAACAAAAAACUUUAACAACAGAAGGCUAAAAGUCUUCUCAAAAAAAGAAAAACAUUUUAAAAAAGAGGAUAUUUAAAAAAACAUUUUUGGAAUAUUCUUUUUUUGUAUUUUAGGAAAUUAAUUGAAGGGAAAUAUUACACCAACAACCACCACCACUACAGCUACAACAUCAAACAUGCUAAACCUUAUACAAGAACAUCAAACAAACAAACAACCCAAAUACAGUUCCCCUCUCAGACAACAACAAACAACACUACCAUCACAACUAAACCUGCACAUGUUUUGGCCACUUUCAAAAAGACUUUUUGUCCUCCCCCCUCCAACAAGGAUUCAGACGGAUAAUAAACAACUCGUACAACAGUCAACUCAAGUCCUUUGAAGAAGAACACACAGAAACAAAACAAACGGCAAAUGUUUAAGAAAAUGGAACACACCUUCCGCCCCUCCCCCCUCUCUCUCUCAAAACAUUGAACCACAAAACCAUAUAACCAACUUGAUGUGGUCAAGUCGCAUAUAUAUAAAAUAUAUAAAGAAAAGAGGGGAAACCACUCAAAAAGCUCCAUAUACCCUCAGGCCACAAAUGCUUGAACACCCACACAAACACACAUGGAAACAAACAAACCAAUAAUACACAACCACACACAUAGAAGCACUUAAACACUCAUGUUUACAUUUAUUUCAAUAUUAAAUAGUUAAAAACGGAAAAACGGAAAAACAGCAACCAAUAAAGAAAUGCAAGUCCUGCCAUGUUUUUUUUCGAUUUAAAAAAAUUUAACAUAGCAAAAAAAGUCCAACUCUUUGUUGGAUUUCAGUUUUUUUAGGAAAAUUUUUAAAGCAAAUAACCUUCAUUUUUCCCCACAUAAUAAAAAAUAACGGAGUUGAGUAAUUCAAACAAGGAUAAUAUGUAUUAAAACACAGUUGUAUAUAAAUAAAUGAAAAAUGAAAAUUAAAAAAAAAAAAAAAUUAUGAAAAAAAAUUUUUUGGUUUUUUGCCAAUCACUGUGCAGCAAAAGAAUUUUUUAUGGACCCCAAAAAAAUGGAAAUUUUUGAGGCGAGAUGAAAAGAAAUUUCUCAAAACCUCCAGUAAUCCAAAUUGAAACGAAUUUGAAGGGGCCAUAUAGGGUCACUAUAGUUGGGAAUUUUUUUAGGCGAGUUAUGGAAAUGAAUUUUUCAAAAUCUUCUGUGGUCGAAGUGUAAUCGGAUUUUAUGAUGCAAUUUUGAUUUUUUUUUAAAUUUUUUUGUUUCGAAAUCCUACAGAAUAUUAGUACUUUUUGAAAAUUAGAUUAUGGAUGAUUGGGCGCCAAAUGUCCUAUGUCUGGAUUCAAAUAUUUUUGGUUAGAAAAAAAACAUAUAUAUUUAAAUUCCAAAAAAAACUGUAAUUUAUUAAAAAAAAAAUCAAAAUUAAUUUUUAAAAAUUUUUUGGGUUUUUGUUCAACCCUUUAUCAGAAAUUUUUAAAAUCCAGCACACAUCCCAAUUCGAUUUCCAGCACAUUUAAUGUAAUUUUUCUCAAUCUGCAUGUGGAUUCUGGUUUAAUUGAGACCCAUUUACUUCUAUUUUUGUAAUUUUUUUCCUGCUUGGGCGCCAUCAACAAUGUAAAGAUCGCAUUUAUUGCCUGAUCGAAAUGAAAUUUUGCACAAAUCAUUUGUUUGGCAUAUACAUAUAGCUUCGUCCGAUUUGUCUUCUAUUGAGCACCAAAUGUAAAAUUUGGUGAAAAUUGGUUCAGAUAUAGCUCUCACACAUAUUUUUUAUCCGAUUUGUUAAUGUUGUGCCUCACAGCCGCAGUAUGCGCUCCAUAACAACUAUAUUUAGGAAAAUAUAUCAAAUACAGCUCAGAAAUGCCUUUGCCAAAUGUUAUCGAGAUCGGUUCAGAUAUAGAUGUAGCUCAAACGUUGUUCAUAUCUCUAUUUGGGCUCACUUCACUUCACUUUUUUUGAAAAUUCUGGAUAAAUUGAGUUUAAAAGGAAUUAUGUUGAAUUUGGCGAAAAUCAGUUCAGAUAUAGCUAUAGCUACCACAUAUAUUGUUAAUCAUAAUUGUUAAUUUUGUGCCCCACAGCCGUAAUAUGCGCUCCAUAACAACUUUAUUUGGGAAAAUAUAUCAAAUACAGCUCAGAAAUACCUUUGCCAAAUGUUGUUAUUGGGAUCGGUUGAGAUUUGGAUGUAGCUCAAAUGUUCAAAUUUUGGGGAGCCAAUUUUUUUCUUUCUUUAUCGGAACAUUUUCGUAAUAUUCCUUUUUGAACCUUUCCCCUGUUUGGGCGCCAAAUGUAAAACUCCUGACACCAAAUUUUGUGAAAAUUGUCGUAAUAUUCCCAUUUGAACCUUUAUCCUGUUUGAACUCCAUUUUACUUUUUUGGAAAUUCGAAAUAUGUUUUUGUUCCUUUUUCUGUUAACCUUUAUGCUUGGGCGCCACUUUUACAUUUGGGAAAAAAUUCACAACAAUCCUUAGAAAUCAUUUUCGCUGUUUGGACGCCAAAUAUCCUACUCUUGGAUAUUUUUAAAUUAAAAAAAAAGUCUCAGUUAUUUGAGUUCCACUUAGAUUCGGAACUUAAAAAAAAAGAAUUUAAAAAAAUAAAAUAAAAUUUCACUUGGGUCAGUUCAAUAGAAUCAAUUUUAAGAUGUUCAUAAUAUUCCUUAUUGAACCUUUCCCCCCGAAAAUUAAAAGCUUGGGCGCCACUUUUUCUUGUUAAAAUUUUUCAUAACAAUCUUUUGAGCAGUUUCCCUGUUUGGACGCCAAAUAUCCCACGCUUGGAUAUUUUUACCUUAAAAAAUUGCCAUUAUUUGAUUUCUACUUAUUUUCAAAAAAAAUUAUAAAAAUUCCUCUUAGGUCCAAAAAAUUAAAGCCAACGAAGCAAAAAUAUUCCAAAAAAGGAUAAAAAUAAAUGAAUACAAUUUAAAAUUAUUUUUUUAAUAGAUUUGUAUAAUCGAGAACUAUUUAACGCUUAUCACAUCAAAUUUUGUGCAAAUUUUCUUAAUAUUCCCAUUUGGGCGCCACUUUUUUUGAAAAAUUUUAUUUGAGUUCUACAAAUAAAAAUUUAAAAAAAAAUUAUAAAAAUUCCACUUGGGUCAGUUCAAAAAAAAAUGAUGUCAAAAUACAAAAAUAAUUAAAAAUAUAAAAAAUAAAAAAUAAAUUGAGAAGUAAUUGAUACUUAUCACAUCCAAUGACACAAUUUGUGCCAAUUUUCCUCAUAUUCCCAUUUCGGCGCCACUUUACUUUUUUUGAAAAUUUUUAAAUUAUUCCUUUUUCAACCUUUCCUCUGAACCUUUAAUGCUUGGACGCCACUUUUACUUUUAUAAAGAUUUUCAUAAUAUGUCGUUUUGAACGCGUUCCCUACUUGGGCGCCACUUUUCUAAAUUAUUCUUGUUUUUUCAUCUUUUAAAAUAUUCUGGUUUAAUUGUGACCGAAAUAAAGUUACCUUUAUGAGCCAUAAUCAUGCUUGGGCGCCACUUUUAAUUAUUGUUUUUUUUCCUAUUUUUAUAAACUUCCAUUUUUUCAUAAUAUGAUAGAUUCUGUUUUAGUUCAAACUUAAUUCAGUUUUCCUUUCGAAGAAUAAUCUUGCUUGGGCGCCACUUUAAUUAUUAUAUUUUUAUUUAUAUUGCUUAUUUUUACGCUGAUUCCAUUUAAUUCAUCUUUAAGCAGUUUUCUGUUUAAUUGAGUCCAAAUUAAAAGUUCUUUCACAGCCAUUAUCAUGUUGGGGCCAAUUUUAAUUUUUUACUUAUUUUCAUAAUAAGCCUCUUUGAGCCGUUUGCCUUUUUGGGCACCAGAUAUCCCACAGAAAGGGUCACCACCGAUUUGGUUGCCCAGGAAAAAGUUUUUUUCGUCCCUAUUUCAUAUCCACCUAUGUUGGUCCAUAGAAUUAAUAAUUUGUUGCACAGUGAAUUACGAAAAAAUAAACUAUUUUAAAAAAAAAUUAUAAAUAUUUUUUUGGUGUUAUAAAAAAUCAUAAGAAAACAAUCCAUCCUUUUGUUGUGUUAAACACAAUUAAAAAUUUUAUUUUUUUCGUUAUUUUUAAUUUAAACAAAAAUCGUUUUUUUUUUUUUGGCUUUUCAAUCUGAUUUAAAAAAUCUACUCUUCUUUGUUCAUUUCAAUUAAAAAAAAAAAACAAUUUUAAAAAUCCAUAUUUUUUUUCUAUUUCAUUUGAUUACCACACAUUAAAAUAAAACCCCAAAUUAAAAACAAUAUAAAUUUCAAAUAACAAAACACAACUUGUAAUUAAAUUAACAAUGAAAAAAAAACCAAUAGAUAUACAUUUUAUAAAACUAAAAAAAAACUAGACAAAAAUUUAAAAACUCACCAAUUUAACUAAAAAAAAUAUCCCAACCCCCCAACUUUGUAUUAAAUGUGAAAUUGUAAAAUUUUUUAAACAAAAACUCAAUUUAUAAAAACAAAAAAAAAAAAACAAUAAUAAA